AGUUGUUCAACCUUUUUAUUGGUUAAUUUUGCAGACUUAAGAUGCCCUUUUUCUCUCUAGAUUUCCUAGCUCUUAGGAUAAUUUGUUGAGGUCUCUUUCUUAGUCUGGUUUCUGAUUUUACCCCCAGUGAUUAGCCUCUCCAUUUCUUUUCUUUGAGGCCUCCUCAAUGCUGAUUCUUGCGUAACUUGAUCUUCAGAUUCUAUACUUCUAGUUAUUUAACAAUAACACAGCAUCUAAGAUACCCAACAAAAGUCAUUUUCCAUUUUCAGCAAACUUGGUCUUUUCAGAUUCUAGGACACAAAAUGUUUCGGUGGCUAUUGAAGCCCAGGUUCUAUUCAAAAUGGCUUUGAAAAUUCGGCUGGAGAGAAUACAGAAUAGGAAGAAAGCAGUGCUGAAGUUUUUGAAGAGUGACAUCGCAGAGCUUCUAAGGCUUGGCCUCGAAUACGAUGCAUAUACAAGGGCUAAUGGACUUCUGUUAGAGCAGAAAAUGUUAUCCUGCUAUGAACUCGUUGAAAACUUUGUUGGGUGCAUAUCAGAUCAUGUUGAAGACCUAGCUAAGCAGAAGGAUUGCCCUGAUGAAUGCAAGGAAGCUGUGCCAUCAUUGAUAUAUGCUGCUGCAAGAUUUGGUGAUCUGCCAGAAUUGCUUGAGCUCAGAACAUUAUUUACCGAAAAAUAUGGGAAUUCUCUUGAACCUUAUCUAAACAAAGAGUUUGUUGAGAGGCUGAGGCAAGAUCUACCUACAAGAGAAAUGAAGAUUGGACUAUUAUAUGAUAUAGCACAAGAGUUCUCCAUAGAAUGGGAUGACAAGUCUCUUAGAGAAAGACUUUAUACACAGUCGUCAUUACGUGAAGGGAAGCCUGGAGAAGAUUUCAAUGGAUCAAAAGGAAAGGAAAGAGUAGGAAGGAAGGAUUUGAAUGACGACUCAUGGAUUCAUCAAAACAGUAGCAGUGAUGAUGAAACAAGUCUGUCAUCUAAUGAUGGUAGAAAGGGUACCAGUUCAAGUUCAUUGGGAAGCAUAUCUGAGGAUGAAGUUGAAAAAGCUGAAACCAACUGGCCAAUUUCUUCCUUUUGGCGCAUUCCGCCUCCCUAUCUAAAACAAAAGACCAACAAAAGUGAUUCAAAGAAAACAACACAUGUUGACACUGCAACAACACCAGAUUCAGGUGGAAUGAAGUCAGACAGAAAAAAACGUUAUCCUUCUCAACAACCAGAACAUGAUACUGAGCAAACCAGAAGGCGUAGAAGCCCACAUGUCAGAGGAAAAUCUCUUCCUUCUGAAUCCAACACUGCUGUGGAAACAUCAAAAGGGCAUAUACGAACAAUUUCCUUAGAAUCUGGAAUGCGGGGUGGUGCAAGGCGUGUGCAUCCGAAUCUACCCGAUUAUGAUGAUUUGAGAGCUCGUCUUUUAGCUCUUCGACAGAGAUAAGAAAAAAUGCAGCCACACCAGAGAAAACAUUCUCUUUCUCUUUCUCUUACUUGGUUUGUUUAUUCUUUAAUGCUGGCAGUGACACGAUUUCAUCUGAUCUAUUCUGGGACAUUUAUGUCGUGUCCUGUCUCAGCAUCUAUAGACAUAUAACAUAGUUUCUUUGAUUCAUUAUUCAAGCUCUAUUAUUUCUAACUCUUUAUAUGUUUAGGAUUCAAAUCACAACGUUGUUGUAUGUAAAACACUAAUGAUGUCAGAUUAUAAACAUACAUCAGAAUUUCAGGAUUAACGAAGUCUUCAUUGCAAGAAAUUUUGUUUGCUACUUCUUUCCUUUCCUCCAUUUUUUUUUUGUGCCUAUGAAAAAUGAAUAAAUAGAGAUGAACUAUCCUCUAAUAUUGAAAGAAAACAGAGGAAAUUUCCAUUUAAACAUACUUUAGUAGCAAAGAAACAGUGGCAUACGUAAGUCAAACAAAAGGGAAAGCGGAGCACAAUUUCGCGCAAGGAGACAAGACAAGCAUUCUAAGAUGAAACAAAACAUGAGCGUAAGUGAAACCCUUCAUCUACGCAGAAGUAGUGAGUAUAUAGUUACUUAGCGAAGUUCAUGUGAGUUAAACUGAA